CCUCAAGGGAAGCUAUGGAGUAAAAGAAGAGAGAGAAGGGAUUUUAGAGAGAGAAAGUAGAGAGAGAAAAUGGUUCAGAUCGUGAAGAGGAAGAAGAAGGGCCGGCCAUCGAAGUCAGAUCUCGCUGGCCGGAGCACCGCCGAGGGGGCGCAGCCCGAGCGUGACCUCCGCCGGAGCCACCGGCGCAGAAGUGUCAGAUACAAUAUUGACUACGACGAUUACGUCGACGACGAUGACGAGGACGAGGAGGAUGAACGGCGGAGAGAGAAGAAGCUGAAGCUGGUGCUGAAGCUUCCACACAGUGAGAGCGCUGGCGAGUCGGCGCCGAGUGGAACCCGGAGGGACGGGAACGAGUCGGGCGUGUCCGCGUCGUCAUCGGAGUACGGGAAUAAGCCGCUGAAAAAGCGCAGAAUCGACGGCGAAGACGAUGAUGACGACGGCGACGGCGAUAACGAUGAUGAUGAUGAUGAUGAGGAAAGAGGACGGAAGGCGGAUUCAAAAGGGAUGGACUCUGUUCUAGGUACGCCAGCAGAGGUUUCAUCUGGGAUUCCAUUGCCUGAUAAGAAGUCACUGGAGUUGAUUCUUGACAAACUUCAGAAGAAAGAUAUAUAUGGUGUUUAUGCAGAACCAGUGGAUCCUGAAGAGCUGCCUGAUUAUCAUGAGGUGAUUGAGAAUCCAAUGGACUUCGCCACAGUGAGGAAGAAACUUGGGAAUGGGUCAUAUCGGACCUUUGAGGAAUUUGAGAGUGACGUUUUUCUGAUUUGCACCAACGCAAUGCAAUACAAUGCCCCAGAUACCAUAUACCAUAAACAGGCACGCGCCAUUCAAGAGCUGGCAAGAAAGAAAUUCCAGAAGUUAAGAAUUGACAUUGGACGCUCUGAGAAAGAGCUCAAGUCAGAACGCUCCGAGAAAGAGCUCAAGUCAGAACGCUCUGAGAAAGAGCUCAAGCCGGAGCGCUUUGAGAAAGAGCUCAAGUCCGAACGCUCUGAGAAAGAGCUCAAGCCAGAACGAUCUGAGAAAGAUCUCAAAUCAGAACAGAAAAUGAGAUCCAACCCCUUGGUUAAGAAGCAAAUAAAGAAGCCGAUUUUCCGGACUGCACAGGAACCUGUUGGCUCCGAUUUCUCGUCAGGUGCCACUCUUGCCACAAUGGGAGAUGUCCAGAAUGGUUUUAAUGCAACCCAAGCUGGUGGUUGUGAAAGACCAAGCAAUGUUGAUGGCCUUAUAAUUGAGAGUAAUCCUUCCCAGAUUGAUAAUAAUCUAGAGAAGGCAGAAGAACUAUUCUCAGGAAAGGGUCUCCUUUCUAAAUUCGGGAGGAAGCCAUUUGUGCUUGAUGAGAACCGUCGUGCAACAUAUAGCAUAUCCAAUCAACCAAUUGUUGGAUCUGAGACAAUAUUUAAUACCUUUGAGGCUGAAGCCAAACAACUGGUUGCUGUUGGGCUUCAUGCAGAUCAUUCUUACGCUAGGAGCCUAGCUCGUUUUGCUGCUACUCUUGGACCUGUUGCUUGGAAAGUUGCCUCCCAGAGGAUUGAGCAGGCACUUCCUGUGGGGUCCAAAUUUGGUCGUGGGUGGGUUGGAGAAUUUGAGCCACUUCCGACCCCAGUUUUAAUGCUUGAAACUCGCAUACAAAAGGAACCUUUUUUGGUUCCAAAGUUGCAGCAUAAUGCUGUUUUGCGGAAGGAUGACAAAAUUUCUAGAUCCCCAGUUCCUGCCAAGGAGCAUUUUGUUAGUGGGCCUACUUUAGAAGGGAAGCAAUCUUUGUUUUGUCCUGCUAGUGCACCUACUACAGAAAGGAAACAAUCUUUGUUUGGUUCUGCUGGAACAAAAUCCACUCCCCCUGUCAAUACUGGUAAUCAGCAGCAAAACCCACUAUCCAGGAAUUUUACCCAGCCUGAGAAUAAGGUUUUAAAGCAAGUUGAAUUGAAUUGCCCACCCUCAGCCAGUCAAAACCAUGCAGAUCUUGUUUCAGAAAAGCAGCUCCUGAAUGGUUCAGAGGCUGCAACUCCCAGAUCAAUGGAGGCUGUGUCAAGAAACAGGAAUAUUUUGCAGUCGCUACCCUUUAAGCUGCCAGAUACUAAUGGAGUUGUUGCAGGAGGAUUGACCAAUGGAAAACCCUCAAGUAGAAUAGAUGGUAAUAAAAUGAUUGGUUCUGCCUCUGAUACUGUUCCGAGUCAAAUGGCUAGAGUGCCUACUUACCUUCCCCAUGGAGCAGAGCAGGGUCUCAGUGACCCAGUUCAGUUGAUGAGGAAAUUAGCUGAAAAGGCUCAAAAGCAGCAGAAAUCUUCAAAUCAUUCCCCAGUUGAUAGUCCACCUGCUAUGCCAUCAAUCCCAUCCCCAAGAAGUGAUUCAAGCAAUGCUGCAGCUACUGCAGCACGGGCAUGGAUGUCCAUAGGGGCUGGAGGGUUUAAACCAGUUGCAGAAAAUUCAAUUACACCCAAAAAUCAUAUUUCUGCAGAUUCCCUGUACAAUCCAACGAGGGAGCUCCACCCACAAGUUACACGAUUUCGAGGUGAAUAUCCUGUUUCUGGUGGGAUGCAUUUUCAGUCCGAGAAGAACAGUUUUCCACUUCAGGCCUUUGUUCCACAGCCUGUUCGAAUAGGUGAAGCACAGUUCCAAAACAGACCAGUGAUUUUCCCUCAAUUAGUGACGGCUGACUUGUCUAGAUUUCAGAUGCAGUCUCCUUGGCAAGGUCUUAAUCCAAAUACCCAGCCAAGGCAUAGACAGGAAACACUUCCUCCAGACUUGAAUAUUGGUUUCCAACCAUCAGGGUCUCCAGUGAGACAGUCUUCAGGCGUUCUGGUUGAUUCUCAGCAGCCUGACCUGGCUUUGCAACUCUAAGUGGGCAUUUGUUCGAGAAAUAUGUCAAAAAGGGAAGAGAAAGCAGAGUGGCUCAUCACAGGAUGUGAAAUUUUGUCUCUGCUUAGUUGCAUCACAAGUGAAAGAAGCCCCUGCUUGGAUACAUCAUUUUCGGUCCGGGUCAAAAACUUUGAGAUGACUUGGUUCAAGUCUUGGACUGUGAUUUACUCAUGGAUAAAAUGGAGUUGUACAACUCAGAUGAAUUCAAAAUUUGGUAGCAUGCUCCAGAUGCGAUUCUACGGAUCCAAGGAAAGAUAAUUGCAAGCAGAGCUACUUGUUUUAAUCUUCAUUUCCAAAUGAGGACUACUGACUUUGCAGCGGCCACAUUCAUGUUUUCUCAGAAAAUCUAGAACCUUAGAAGAGAAUACAAGGAUGAUUUGUACUGUGAUUUUUAUUGGGUAUUUACAAGUUUUUAGUCUCCAGAUUUACACAUAAAACUCUCAGUUGAUGCAUUGUACAUCAAUUACAGGCGGAUGAGGAUCAAUUAUUUAGAUUUCAGGUGUAAUAUGCAUUUUAUGUAAUUGCUUUGAUGGUUCAAAAUCUUUUUCUUGCAUCUGCUGGCGCCAUUAUGUACAUGUGAUAGAAUAUAAUUUCUCAAAAUGGGGAAGGAGAUCUGCUUUUUAUCUA